GUAUGGAGUGGAUGUAAGGUCCCCCAUGUGUGGUUGUGAGGAUUAAAUAGGAUCAUGCCUAUGAGUAUUUAAUAAGUGUUAGGUUCCCAGAUUCCAAUUCCUGCCCAUUGCCCCUCUGCUUCCAGAAUCUUCAUUGUGAUGUAAGUAGAGUCUGAGAAUCAGAUUUUCUCAGAAUAAGGCUUCCAGCAGCUGUUGGUAGGGUAUGAAGAGUGGAGAGGAGCUCUUACCUUGCCACUGAGGGAAGCUAUUUGUUUCUAGGAUAACUGGAUUCUUAGGGAAGGAUCUGUAGUCCUCCCCUUUAAAGAGAAAGGGACUAGUUGUGCCAUUUGCCAACUCAGGAAUGAUGAGGAGACAUAUGGUAGAUCAUACCUGGCAGCUCCUGAAGAAGGAAGUGGGACUGUACCAGCUCACCAAGGAUAUCAUUAUCAUGAGCCGAGUGUGCAAAAUGUUCCGCCAAGGCCUCAGGGGGUUCCGGGAAUAUCAGAUCAUUGAGACUGCUCACAGAAAGCACCCAAUCUUCUCUUUCUGGGAUAAAAAGAAGCAGGGCCGAAUCACAUUUGACACCAUGGACUUCAUUGCUGAGAAGGGUCACUUUCCUCCAAGGGCCAUUGAGAUCACACAGAAGAGGCCUGCUUGGAGAACGGAGGAAGAGAUCCAAGACCUGUGUAACCUCUUGCAGGCUCUGGAUAGCUUCAGGAACUACAACGACACCCUGCAGCUGCUCCUGGCCAAAGUUGUGCGCUUUGAACGGUUUGGUCGUAGACGUGUGAUCAUCAAGAGGGGCCAGAGAGGCAACAGCUUUUAUUUUAUCUACCUGGGCAAGGUCGCAGUGACCGAGGAUGAGGAUGGCAGCAGCGCCUUCCUGGACCCACAUCCGACUUUGCUGCAAAAGGGCUGCUCUUUUGGGGAAAUGGCCCUUCUGAGUUCUUCAGUAAGGAGGGCCACUGUGGUCUGUAUGGAAGAAACAGAGUUCUUGGUUGUCGACAAGGAGGAUUUCUAUGCUAAUAAGCUGGAUGUGGAAAUUGAAAGGGAUGCUCACGAUCGGUUUAAAUUUUUUAGGAAGAUGGAUCUGUUUCGGUCCUGGUCCAAAGAGAAGCUCUGGCAGCUGGUCACCAUGGGGAAGGUGGAGAAGUUCUCAUUUGGCCAGCUGAUUUCAAGAGACUUUUUAGAGUCUGCCAUGGUUAUGUUUGUCUGCAAGGGCAGCUGUGAAAUCCUGCGGCUGAUAGACCUUGGAAACUCCCCUUCCUACUACAAGUGGAUCUGGCAGCAUCUGGAGAUUCUACACAACAAACCUCUGAAGACCCACAUCUUCGAACCCUCUCCUGUGGAGAGAUUUAAGGAAUUCCAGAUCAAAUCAUAUCCUAUACAGGACUUCAGCUCUUUGAAACUUCUGCAUCUCCAGAAAGCCUGGGAGAAACAGGGGACCAACUUUAGUAUGAGUCAAACCUCAGUGAUUGAUCUUCCAAAGACCUUUAGCUCAAAAAUCAAAUCCAAGCGUGCUCAUUCAAUCAAAUGUUCUGCAAUUGAUAUCAAGUCUGGUCAGCUUGCCAAAGAGGCUGCAGUGGGCACCUACAUGAAGAUCCACACUGUGGAGCAAGGAGAAAUUGUGGGCCUUCACCAGUUCUUCCUCCCCAAUAUCCAACAUGACAAGCGGCCCCUGAUCCUGGUGAGCCUGGGAACUGAGGUGAUACGGGUGAGGAAAGAAAAAUUUGAAAAAUUGAUUGACAGUGAGACAAGAAAAAAGUUGUCCAAGUUCAGUAUCGAAUAUCCCAGUGAUGAAGAGAUGUGCCAGAGUUUCCUCCAGGAGAACAGCUGGAAUAUCUUCCGGGAUGACCUGGUGCAGCUGCUGGUGGAGCCUCGCCAGCAUCCACCAUUCACCCCCAGACAGCCCAAGAAGAGAGAGCACUGCAGUCUUAAGGCUGUGACCCUGAAUUUGUCUGCCCUCGACAAGAAGACUAAACCUAACUACCCCAUUUUUAUGGCACCCCAGAAAUACCUCCCCCCAUUGAGGAUUGUCCAACGUAUCACAGCACCCCGGCCCAAAAUCCAGGAACUCCUGCCUCAGUAUAAGAAUGCAGGGGUCCUUGUUUAGAACCAAUAAAGGACACUGGAUUUGCACCAUGUUGCCUGAAUGACCACCAUGGGA